CUCCCCGUCAGGGAGGGAGGGAGGGAGGAGGGGACAAGAUGGCGGAGGCUUCGCCGCAGCCGGGACGCUACUUCUGCCACUGCUGCUCGGCCGAGAUCGCCCCGCGCUUGCCGGACUACAUCUGCCCGAGGUGCGAAUCCGGCUUCAUCGAAGAGUUGCCGGAAGAACCUAGGAACGUCGAAAAUGGAUCCAACUCUUCGGCGUCGACCAGCGACCAGAGCAGGCACCCGUUUGAGAACGCCGACCAGCACUUUUUCACCCUGCCCCAGGGCUACGGGCAGUUCGCCUUCGGGAUCAUCGACGAAGCCUUCGAGUUACCGGCCUUCGGGUCCAACACUCAGCCCGAGGACAACCGGGACGCGGAGAACCGGCGCGAGAGGGAGCACCAGUCCCGGCACAGAUACGGCACCAGGCAGCCCCGGGCGCGGUUCACGGCACGCAGGGCCGCCGCCGGCAGGCACGAAGGGGUCCCCACACUGGAAGGAAUCAUUCAGCAGCUGGUCAACGGCAUCAUCGCCCCCACCACGAUACCGAACCUCGGCGUGGGGCCUUGGGGAGUCUUGCAUUCGAAUCCGAUGGACUAUGCGUGGGGAGCCAACGGUUUGGAUGCCAUUAUCACCCAGCUUCUGAAUCAGUUUGAGAACACAGGGCCUCCUCCGGCAGACAAGGAGAAAAUCCAGGCGCUCCCCACGAUCCACAUAACAGAGGAACACGUCGGUUCCGGUCUGGAGUGCCCCGUCUGCAAGGAAGAUUACGAAGCCGGCGAGAGCGUGCGGCAGUUGCCCUGUAACCACUUGUUCCAUGACGGCUGCAUAGUUCCAUGGCUGGAACAGCACGACACCUGCCCCGUGUGCCGGAAGAGCCUCAGCGGCCAGAACACAGCCACGAACCCCCCGGGACUCUCGGCGAUGAACUUCGCCUCCUCGUCUUCCUCCUCCUCCUCCUCCUCCUCUAGCUCGCCGAGUAAUGAGAACGCGGCGAACAACUCGUGAGAGCGGAACGGCGGGGCGGGAGG